AACGUCAAGACCAUUCAUGGUCGGUCACUUACUGUGCAAGACUUACUACCUACGGUAGCAGGAAUACUCAGCUUUCUUGUUAUGACCCCCUGAAGUUUCGACUUGGUUUCAACCAUGAAAGUUGUGAUAGUCGGCGCCGGCCCUGCUGGCUUGGUGACUUGCAAGACGUUCAUGCAAGCGACUACUACGGAAUUCCCAUUCGAGCCUAUUGUACUAGAACAGGAAGACGACAUCGGAGGGACGUUCAGAUAUCGCUCAUACGAGAAUUCCAGCUUGGUAUCCUCGAAGCAACUCACCUCAUUCUCAGAUUUUCGGUUGCCUUUAUCCCACCCUGAUCAUUUGACACUCGAGGAAUACGUUGACUACUUACGAGCAUACUCGAAACAUUUCGACGUCGAACAACGAAUACAGCUGAACACCAAAGUCGUCAAUAUCAAGCGUGCUCCUGAAGGAGGACAUCUCGUCUCCUACGUUAGAAGACGUGUAGAUGAACCUGGCGAAUGGGAAACUUCUCCUGCCGUAAUUCAUGCGACCUACGUCGCGGUCUGCACUGGCUUGCACGUCAUUCCCGCUAUUGCAGAUAUCCCAGGGAUCGAACAUGUUCUCAAGAAUACAUCUCCAGAAGGCGAGAAGGCUGGAAUCAAGCCAGCUGUGUUCCACUCAGCGGACUACAAUUCAAGGUCUCAAAUAAAUGGGCGAAGGCUUAUGAUUCUUGGGACAGGCGAAACUGGUAUGGACCUCGCUUACGAAGCGGCCAAGGCACAGGCGAAGGAAGUUAUUCUGUGUUCCCGUGCAGGGUUCUUAUCUUUUCCGAAGGCUUUGAAUGACUUUGAGAUCCUUGGUUUUAAAUUCGAGUCGAAGAACCCUGUUCCUAUCGAUAGUUUGAUUACAAACUUUGCGGAGACAGCAUAUGUCCAUCCUUGGGUCGCAGCUUCGCAUAUUCGAUGGUUCAUCUCUGAUUUUGUUAUCAAGAGGGUAUUGUGGGUCCUGACUGGUACCCAGGCUGGUUGUAACCAAUGGGUUGGUGAGCUGGAGCCUGAGCGGCUUGGUCGAGCAUAUGUAUUCCUCAAUAAGUCACAUAAAGCCAUGCCGUACAUCAAUCGCCCAUACCGCGAUCGUCCCAAGCUCAUGGAGUACCUCUCUCGAUAUCUCGACCCUCCAGAAGACAUGCCUCCACAUACCGAUUUCAUUGUUGAUCUCGCUCCUUUUCCCUCGCAUUUCCUGCCAAACGGUCGAGCGGUAUUCCCGAUGUCCAAGCGUAAAGACGCUAUUCGGAUAGCGAGAAAGGAUGUACGACCGGAUACUGUCAUCUAUGCUACGGGAUAUAAACAGGACUUCAGCUUCCUUGAUUCUGAAAGUGGUUAUGCGACUCCUGCUGAGGCAGAUGUCAGGAAUAUCACUAAAACUGGGGACGAAACUGUGGGUUUCAUUGGGUUCGUGCGUCCCGGAGUUGGUGCAAUUCCUCCCAUAGCGGAGAUGCAGGUUUUCUUCUGGAUAUCCUUGCUGAAGGGCCAAGUCAAGAAGCCACUUCCACCGCCACACUACCAUCUUCUUGUGAAAGAGAAUGCGAGGAUUAAGUACGGGGUGGACCACUCGACAUACGUCAGCACGCUUGCGAAGGACAUUGGUGCGGCUCCGGGUCUGUGGGAAGUAUGGCGAGAAUAUGGGAUGCAUGCUCUCAUCUGCUAUUGCUUUGGUGCCGCAUUCGUCACUUUCUAUCGCUUGGUUGGCCCAUUCCGCUCUGACAGUGCGCCGGCCAUUAUCAAGACUGAGUUAUGGGAUACCAUCACACGUAGAGGAAUUCUCGGUAACUUGCUUAUGGGUGUCAUCCCAAUGCUGUUCUAUUUCACGCUGAACGCGUGCGCAUAUCUCGCUGAGAAACUCGGGCGGACUAUUGGCAUAUUGUAGUUUGUUACAUUUGGACUAUACGUUGUACAUCCUUGUGUAUAUUUACUGCGUACUGUAAGGAAUCUUGCGCAUUUCAAGACUUCACGCUAGC